AUGAUAUCAUUUAAUCAAGGAUCAAAGCAACAACACAAUGCCUCAAAGGGAUUGUGGCAUCAAAAUUACGAUAAUAAUCCAAAGAGAGGAACAUAUGCUGUUCUAACCAAAGGAGAAUUCUCAACAAUAAUGAACCAAUUAAAAGAUGAAAGAGAUAUGGAGGAAGAUAAGAAUGAGAGAAAGAAGAGACUUAAAGAACAGUCCGAUAGAAGAGCACAAAAUUGGGGAAACACAAUUGACGCCAUUCGAGUAAAGCAAGAGCAAGAAAGAGAAGAACGUAAUAGAAUUAAGGAAGAAGAACAACAAAGGCUUGAAAGAGAAGAAGCGCUCUACCAAGCUGAAAUCAAAAGAAAACAAAUAGAGAAAUUAAACAAAAUGAGAAUGCUUGAAGAUGAUCGUGUCAAGGCAGUUCAAGGAAAGGUUCUGUUGGGUGAGGUUUUGAGGGAAAGAGAACGCCAAAUUGAAAUUAAAAAGCAAAUGGAAGAAAUGGAAAAACAAGAAGUUGAAUCAUGGAUGGAAGUUCAAAGAGAACAACUCCAAAAAACAGCUCAAGAAAAACUAGCUCUCUCCCAAAAAGCUAAGGAAAAGGCAAAAGAAAUCAGGAAAGAUCAAGACACACAAAUUGAUAGUAUCAAGCAAAGACACAUGAAACGAAUUGAAGAGUUGGAGAAAGAAAAGGAGCAAAUGAGAUUGCAUCUGAUUAAUCUUUCCAAAGAAGAGGAGGAGAAAAAGAAGAAAAAGGCUGAACAACAAUUAGGAGCAACAGCUCAAUACAAAAAAGAAUUAGAAGAAAUCGAGGAAAAGAAGAGGAGACAAGCUGAAUACGAAAAAGAGCAGAAACUCAAAAACUUGGAAUUUAUCCAAGAAAAGGAAGAAAAGGAAACUGAGCAAAAGAGAAGAGAAGAGGAACGUAUGAGAGAAAAACUGAGAUCCAGACAAAAAUUGAUCGAUAAACAGUCUAAAAUGCUCGAGGAAAUGAAAGCCAAUGAAAAGGAAAGAUAUGUCAAGCAAGAACAAGAAAUGGAAGAAAAACAAAAGGAAGAAGAAGAGAAACAAGAACAACGAAAGAAAGCAUUUAUGGAAACCGUGGAUAACAGCAGGAAACAACAAAUGCAAUUCAAAAAGCUAGUCUCUGAAAAGGAUAAGGAAGUUGACAAGAUUAUGGCUCAACAAGCAAGAGAAAGAUACAAGCAAAUGGCGAUUGAAGACUUUAUUGACAAGAAGAAUUCUCAAGAAAGAGCCAGACGUGUGCAAGAUUAUCAAAAAUUGCAAGCAACUGAAAAGGAACAAAAGAGAUUGGAAGAAAUGAAACAAGUGAGAAAAGAAUCCAUAAUGAUGGAGAAAGCCAAACAAAGAGAAGAAAAAAUGUUAUCCAAGUUUAUUCUCGAAAAUAUGCUUUCAAACACAUCAGACGAAACUUUAGAUCCAAAACCAGUCUUACUCUACGCAAAGAAAAACAAUAUUAUACUGUAAAUAAAUGUAAAUAUGACGUUUAUCGUG